AUGGCUGCUCUGAUUCGGGAUACGCCGUUUGGCCAGCUUGUUCGCUGUCUCUCUCGUAAUUCCAGUUUCUUGUAUCCCGACGAGAUCGACUCGAGAUUGCGGUCGAAGUUUCUCCACUCCGACACCCGUUCAGAUAACGAUCAACCACCUCGACAGCCGGAGAAGGACAGCCAUGCCACCGAGUCGAACGAUCCGCAUGUCUUCUUGGUAGGAUGGUACGACGCAGAUGACCCAGAGAACCCCCAAAACUGGCCGCAGUCCCUCAAAUUCCUCACCGCCCUGCAGAUCAACCUCCUCAACUUCGCAAUCUACAUCGCCAGCUCCAUCUACGUCCCCGGCGAACCCGACAUCACCCACGACUUCCACGUCAGCCGCACGGUCGCAACGCUCGGUCUCUCCCUCUACACCAUCGGAUACGGCCUGGGUCCCAUGCUAUGGUCGCCGCUCUCCGAAGUGCCGCAAGUCGGACGUCGCGACAUCUACUUCUGGACGCUGCUGGUGUACAUUCUGCUACAAGUGCCGACGGGCUUCGCGGUGGAUGUGGGCAUGCUGCUCGUGUUUCGCGUCCUGACGGGGUUCUUCGGCAGUCCGGCGUUGGCGACGGGUGGGGGCACGAUUGCGGAUCUGUACGACCCUGCUCGCUCCGCAUACGGGCUUGUUCUUCUCGGAUUCUUUGGCGUACUUGGUCCGGUGUUUGGACCUAUUGUCGGUGGCUUCGUGGCGCCGGCAAAGGGGUGGCGAUGGGAGAUUUGGGUGGUGACGUGGCUCGCAUCGGCCGUGCUCAUCAUGCUUUUCUUCCUGCUUCCGGAAACGAGCGCGGCCAAUAUCCUGCAUAGGCGCGCGAAGAGAAUCCGUCGAGCCACUGGCCACGAGCGCUUCAGAAGCCAAAGCGAGAUCGACACGGCGCACUAUGCGUGGCGGGACCACGCGAAUGUACUCGGGACGGCGUUCUCGCUGACGUUUUCUGAGCCAAUCCUCUUCUUCCUGGAUCUGUAUACGGCGUUGUUGUACGGCGUGUUGUUCACGUGGUUCGAAUCCUUCCCAUUGGUCUUCGGAGACAUCUACCACUUCUCCAGCGGCGCCCAAGGCCUCGCCUUCCUCGGCAUCUUCGUCGGCGGCAUCAUCACCCUCCCCUGCUUCCUGCUCUGGAUCAAGCACGGCCUCAUCCCGCGCUUCACCAGCCCAACCUUCAAACCCGAGACCGUGCUGCUGCCCACCUUCUUCGGCGCAGCCACUCUCCCCCUCUCGUUGUUUUGGUACGGUUGGACCGCGCGAGAAAACAUCCCCUGGAUCGUGCCGAUCAUUGGCAGCGCCUUCUUCACCGUCAGCAUUAUUACGCUCUUCUUUCCCGUGCUCAACUACCUGGGCAUGGCGUAUCCCCAUCACGUCGCAUCGGUGUUUGCCGGAAAUGCGCUCUUUCGGGCUACGUUUGGGGCUAGCUUUCCUCUUUUCGCAAGACAGCUUUUCGAGAAGCUUGGAAUAGGUGGUGGCAACUCGCUUCUGGGUGGAAUCUCGGUGGGCUUCAUGGUUCUUCCGUUUGUGUUCUAUCGUCACGGAUCGAGACUUCGGCAGAUGAGCAGGAGAGCGAAACACGAUGAGUAG